AAACAAACUGCGACAGUAAGUUAUCCGAGAGCGGCGCAGGCGCACGCUGCGUUUGGAAACGAAUUCUAUUUUUAAAAUGGCCGGCUUUAGAAUAUUUCUGUUGUUUUUCUUCAUUAAUUAUGCAUUCGGCCAAGGAUCUGAUCCUAUAGUGAGGGUUUCCCAAGGGAUACUGCGUGGAGCAUGGAAGAUAUCAACGAAUGGUCGAACAUACGCCAGCUUUCAAGGAGUUCCUUAUGCACGGCCGCCGGUUGGAAAGUACAGAUUUAGGGAACCACAACAAAUGAAGCCCUGGGUGGGGAGCUGGGAUGCCUCUAGGCCUCUCUCGCCGUGUCUGCAGUACGACCCGUUUGUUAGUAAAAUUCAAGGGGAUGAGAACUGCCUCUUCAUCAAUGUGUACACUCCAAAGUUGACACCUGGAGCGAACCUGCCAGUCUUGGUGUUCAUUCACGGAGGCGCUUACAUGUACGGGGAAGGUGGAAUUUACGGCCCGGAAAAACUCAUGGACAAGGAAUUGGUGGUGGUGACUUUCAACUACAGAUUGGGACCUUUGGGUUUCCUGAGCACCGGGGACGAGUUCGCUCCGGGCAACGCCGGGCUGAAGGACCAGUCUUUCGCCCUCCGAUGGGUCCAGAACAACAUCAUGAUGUUUGGCGGGAACCCUGACAGCGUGACGCUUACCGGCUGCUCCGCGGGCGGCGCUAGUGUCAACUACCAUUAUCUGUCACCGAUGUCUAAAGGUACCUUCGCCCGAGGCAUAGCCUUCAGCGGUUCCUCAUUCUCGUCCUGGGUGCACUCCGUGAAACCCGCGCAGAAGGCCCGGGCCUUAGCCGCCAUCGUUGGCUGUCCCACCACCAGCAGUCGGGAGAUGGUGGACUGUCUGAGGUACAGGCCUGGAGAGGUGAUCGUCAACGCGCAAGUCGAGAUGUUUGAAUGGAAAGUCCACAUGUUCACACCGUUCACGCCGACAGCUGAACCUACCACAGUGAGGGACCCAUUCUUGGCCCAGUACCCAUACCAUGCUGCCCAAGCGGGUUCCAUGCACCGGGUUCCGCUUAUCACGUCUGUCACUUCCGAAGAAGGACUAUAUCCCGCUGCAGCUUACCAAACCGACCCCAGUCUUCUCCAGGACUUGGAAGCCCGAUGGGACCUGCUCGCCAGCAAUAUCUUCGAAUACAACGACACCUUACCCUUGGCCUCACGACCUGCCGUGGCCAGGAAGAUCAAGCAGCAUUACUUGGGUGGGCAGCCGGUCUCGCAGGCUACCUUCAGCCGUUUGGUUCAAGCUCUAGGUGACCGUCUAUUCGUUGCGGACGUGGGCAGACUGGCCCAGAUUCACGCGGUCAGGUCAGGGCAGCCGGUCCACGUGUACCGAUACUCGCAUCGCAGCUCCACCAGCCUUUCAGCGAUGAUGGCGAGGAAUGACAACGAUUAUGGUGUCAGCCACGCUGAUGACAUCAUGCACCUGUUCAGCUUCCCAGGAGUGGGCCUGGACACAGCUGAGGACAAGAAGAUCCGUAACGUUCUGAUUGACAUGGUCUAUAACUACGCUGCCACUGGAGUUGCCAAGCUAAGCAACGGCGCCCCGGAAUGGAGACCAGUAAAACCUGGUUCUCCUGAACUGGAUUACAUGGAGAUAUCCUCCCCGACCACCUUCGAGAUGAAGACCAGCUCCGACUUCGGCCAAAGGUCCUUCUGGGAUAGCCUGGGUUUCAUCGAGAAUGAUCGAUACCAAUCGCACAUUAGAGACGAACUUUAAAUUGCAACCUCUGUGUUCUACCCACAUAAUAAGAAAUAAAAUAAUCUAUACUUAUAUUAUAAAGCUGAAGAGUUUGUUUGUUUGAACGUGGUAAUCUCAGGAACUACUGGUUCGAAUUGCAUGCAAUUGCAUCGCAUCUUCUACUAAAUAAUCCGUAAAUAUAGGAGAAUACCUAAAUACAUAAUGCCUACCCGGACAAAAAUCUGAUUCUUACCUAGUUAUCUUCUUAAUUUGAAAAUUCAAUGUUACAAAUAGGUACCUACAUAAUUUUUUUUUU